CUACCAUCCCAAACUCAGAUCUAUCAAGGAAAGCUUCCGGUUUUAUAGAUAGAAUUCAACUAAUACAUCGAUACCACAUUACUUCCCCAUCAUCUUCGAUAUUCAAUCUGCAACCAACGGCGUGUUCUCGUCCUCUUCUCGUUCGACGACUCCUGAAUUACACCCAUCGAGAAUCAUCUCCCAUCUCGAGGCGAAUCCAAUUCGUUUAGAAUCACUGUACAUUACGUUGCUUAGCAGGCCCUCCUGCCGAUCACCUGCGACCCCAGCUGGGCCCGAUUCUACGUCCGCCGACAAUCUAACACUAAGCUAUCUCUAUAUCAGCCGCUCAUUUUCACAAUUUUCUACCCACAAGAUCUCCGUCGCAGGCAUACCACGUACGCCUAUGUCCCUAAGCCGGAGUCCCUCGCCGAUUCCGGGUGGUGGUUGGUCCUCGCCUGGUUUAGAUAUCACCUCCAGCGGUCGAUCAACUCCAGCCAAAAUGACAUUUUCUGGCUCAAAUGUAGGGGCCAUUACAUGGGAAUCCGCGCGCAUGAAGUCUCGGGGUGUCACAAGUUAUCCAUCCUUUUCAACACAAAACCAAGGCUUUUUUACUCGCCAUAUGCGCCGAAUAUCUAGCAGUCUACCAUCGUUCUCUACCAAUAAUGAUGAGGUUGCUGCGGAAAAGAACAAGUUCAAGCCAGUACGGUGGAGAAUACCUCUGUUGGGUCGCAUACGAGCCUUCUGGGCGCGAAUGGGUAGACGAUGGAAGGUCCGUGCCUUUAUCGCCGCUAUUAUUCUGGCCUUUUAUAUUUUAUUCUACAUCACACCUCUAUACUACUACUGGAGGAGAACCAGCUGGCUGGGAGGUGGUCAGAAGUUUGUCAUCAUCCUUGCGGCCAACGUUGGUGGUGGUGUUAUGGAAUGGAAAGGUGCAAGAGAAUGGGCAAUUGAGAGAGACAGCGUGCGGAAUAAACGAAAAUAUGUGGCCCGGUGGGGUUAUGAGCUUGAAAUUGUUGACAUGAGCAUCAAAAAGCGUUAUGCUCACGAAUGGCGAGAAAGCUGGGAGAAGGUGGACAGCAUAAGGAACAGCUUCAAGAAAUACCCAAAGGCCGAAUGGAUCUGGUGGCUAGAUCUCAAUACUUUCAUCAUGGAACCCUCUUACUCGCUCCAGAGCCAUAUCUUCAACAAUCUGCAAAAGCAUGUAUAUCGAGACAUUAAUGAAUUCAACCCACUGAACCUCACGCAUCCGAUUCAAGCCAACUACCUCGACCCCGAGGCUCUCAGCCCUGUUGGGGAUGGGAAUAUUAACUCAGUCAACAUGAUGCUCUCUCAAGAUUGCGCAGGGUUCAAUUUGGGGUCCUUCUUCGUCAGGAGAAGCGAGUGGACAGAUCGGUUAUUGGAUAUAUGGUGGGACCCAGUAUCUUACGAGCAGAAGCAUAUGGAAUGGGAGCACAAAGAACAAAGUGCGUUGCAACAACUCUAUACAACUCAGCCGUGGAUUCGAAGCCAUACUGGAUUCCUUCCUCAGAGGAUGAUCAAUAGCUUUCCGACCGGAGCCUGCAACGCUAAUGGCAACGAUACGCGCAUUCAUUACGAUCAGAAUGAUAGGGACUUCUUUGUCAACAUGGCAGGUUGCGAGUUUGGGCGCGACUGUUGGGGUGAAAUGUACAACUUCCGCGAACUCAGCUACUACCUCAACCGAAAUCCCUGGGAGCGUUUCAAGGAGGAUCUAAUAGCAGUCAUCUGGUUUAAACUAACAGGCCAGAGGGUGAGAUUAUAGUACUGUUUUAACGAUUGUGCAUAUCCCAGGCCACUUCGCCAUAGUGUUUAUAAUCAUUCCAACUGCU